ACGCAUUUUUCGCGCGUCAGAAUGAUAAAAUCUCCCCUGGGAUGAUGAUGAUCGUUUACUACCACUACUACUAUCAGUAACGGGUUGCAAUCUCUCACGUCGCGAUCUCACCGGCCUCUCCAGCGUGGAUUAUAUCAAAGUUGUUGGGAGAUCACGUCGGUGGCGGCUCAGCAGUUGAAAUCAUUCGCGUUUUAUACUUUGUGGUGUUCAGUUGUGUACUUCACUUUUUUCUUGUUAAUAUUUUAGGCGUCAGAUAGUGUUCAAGGGGCAAACAUGAAGGUGCUAAUUGCUUUGGCGCUCCUCGGAUGUUCCUCACUGGUCAAAGCUGACCAACCAAAGAAGGCAAUUGCUUUUCUGCAAGGUACUUCCGGUGUGACAGGUAAUAUUACUCUCUCACAACCAUCCUGCACCGAACCAGUGUUCAUAGAGGUUACCGUAUUCGGCCUCACGCCCGGCAAGCACGGGUUCCACAUUCACGAGAAAGGAGAUUUAAACGACGGCUGCGCCAGCACUGGUGGACAUUAUAACCCGGAUAAGGUAACGCACGGAGCUCCCAACGAUCAGGUGCGUCAUGUAGGUGACUUGGGCAACAUUGUGGCCGAUGAAAAUGGGCUCGCAAAGACGUCAUUCUCUGACACUGUUGUCUCGCUUUACGGCAGUCGUAGUGUCCUCGGACGGGCUUUUGUCGUACAUGCUGGUGUUGACGAUUUCGGGAAAACGAAUCACCCAGAUUCGCUGAAGACUGGCAACGCCGGGGGACGCGUUGUGUGCGGAGUUAUCGGAGUCCUGUUCCUGUCCGAUGAACCGGAGCAACCAUGCAGCAGUGGCACACCAACGGUUUUACCAGCCCUAAUAUGCCUAUUAAUAACUUUCUUUGCCGUUCGGGUGCUUGGAAACUAAUUCUUUGCGCAAAACUACCAUUAAUCCUGAAAGCUAGUGUCUUUUAGUUCGGGCGGUGCAGCCAUUAGAAUGAAUGACAGGUGGUUCAUUGAACUGUAUGAUUACCAAAAUUCUACUACGACCACUUGAGAUGUAUAUGCGACACUACCAGUAGCACCUGAAAAUGAAAGCCAAAUAAGUGGUUUUUCGCGUGAGAAAAACUUUUUGGUCUUUCUUUGUAUUUUAUGUACAUAUAUCUGCACGCAAACAAACCUGAUGCUCGUUACCUUAUUUAUUAAGUUUAUAUAUAUAUAUUUUCUAACUUGCUAAGAAUUAAUGGGAGGCCUUUGUUUUCGGUGUGUCUUUGUGUAUUUAUUCAAUGCAGCAUUCUGUUGGUUGCACAGCAAUAGAUAGCGAGACCCAUUCAAUUAACCCUGAAAAUAGUCAAGGCUAGCAACUCACUCAGAUAACAGAAUUUAAAUAAUUCUAAUAUGAAAACUUAAUAAAGACGACAAAGGUUCA